AGCAGCCGGGGAGGGAGUCGAGCCAUUAGCGAUUAAGGGAGGACUAGCGAGGGGCACGCGGGCUGGGAAGCUCUUGGACCCGCGGAACUACGGUAGAGUUCCGGGCUCGAGGGGCGCUGGAGAAAGGGCAGGACAAGUAGUUCCUCUCAUCUCUCUGGAGUCUUUGAAAAGGAAGGAGGAGUUGGGCUCUUGUUGCUUCUCCCAAGGAAGCCAAUUCCCCUCUCUUAGUCCCGGCCCAGGUUGAUCGUGGUGGUUGUCGGCGGCCGCUGGGCGUUCCCCCGAAGUCCGGGUGCCCGUGCAGUCUGGAUUCCCGGAGCUGGUCACCAUGCCGGGCAGAUUUUAGCUCCCCCAUGGAGCAAACCAACUUCUACGAGGUCGAGUCCCGGCCCCCGAUGAGCAGCCACCUCCAGAGUCCCCACCACCAGCCUAGCAGCGCCGCCUUUGGCUACUCCCGGGACUCGGUCCCUCCUCAGCCUCCCGCAACACCUGCAGCCGCCGCAGCCUCGGAACAGCUGGGUGACAUCUGUGAGAACGAAAACUCUAUCGAUAUCAGCGCCUACAUCGAUCCCGCCGCCUUCAACGACGAGUUUCUGGCCGACUUGUUCCAACACAGCAAGCAGCAGGAGAAAGCCAAAGCUGCCCUGACGGGAGGUGAGUUCGACUAUCCUCCGCAGCCGCAUCCCGCCGGCCACGCCAUGCACGGAGCCCACGGGCCUGGGAGCCACCCCCACGUCUAUGGCUGCAUGGCCGCUGGCUACCUGGACGGCAAACUGGACCCCUUGUACGAGCGCAUUGGGGCCCCGGCCUUGAGACCACUGGUGAUCAAGCAGGAGCCCCGGGAGGAGGAUGAGUCUAAGCAGUUGGCGCUGUCCGGCCUCUAUUCCUAUCAGGCUCAGCAGCAGCAGCAGCAACAGCAGCAACCACCGCCGCCGCCUCCAGCCCACCACCACCACCACCACCACCACCACCCGGCGUCCCACCUCCAGUACCAGAUCGCCCACUGCGGCCAGACCACCAUGCACCUGCAACCAGGGCACCCCACGCCGCCGCCCACGCCUGUGCCCAGCCCUCACCACCAGCCACCGCAACCACCGCACCACCCACAUCAGCAGAACAGUCUACCCCCGGGAGGGGGACUCAAGAUGAUAUCCUCGGACCACCGAGGUAAAUCGAAGAAGUCUGUGGACAAAAGCAGCAGCGAGUACCGAGUGCGUCGGGAACGCAAUAACAUCGCUGUGCGCAAGAGCCGGGACAAGGCCAAGCAGCGCAACGUGGAGACCCAGCAGAAGGUGCUGGAGCUCACGAAUGACAAUGACCGGCUGCGCAAGCGGGUGGAGCAGCUGACUCGGGAGCUGGACACCCUGCGAGGUAUCUUCCGCCAGCUCCCAGAAAGUUCCUUGGUUAAAGCCAUGGGCAACUGCGCGUGAAGAAGCGCUCCCCGCCGGCCAACGUCUCCAGCCCGGACUCCCCGUGGCCCUCAGGCCCUUCGUGGAUUACGUCCUUCGGUCCCUCCCUCCGCACCCACCCAGACACUGGACUGAAGGACGUUACUUCUGGUGGCUGGUGGAGUAUUCUUUUUUUAAUCUUUUUAUUAAAUUUCGGGACAGAUUGAUCUCAAGACUGUCCAAGACAGAACGAGGAAAUUCCGGUGCCAUACACCCAGGCUGGCUUUGAUUCUCUGCUCUCCUCCUCUCGAUCCGACCAGAAUCUCUUUGACUUAGAGAUUUGGCCUUGGAUUGUUGUCUUGAAGCUUCGUUCUAGUAGGAGGGUGGGGAGAAACGGAGGAAGGGGGGUAAGGGUGGGGGGUCGAGAAGGAGGAAGGGAGAGAGAAGCCCGGAAGCCAGGCAGCUCUAGUAUUAAGUAAUAACCCUGUGCCUUAGGAUCGGAGACUCGUCUAAAUAGAAACUGGGAUUCCGAGUGUCUACAGAAUGGAAGGAGGAAACCAAGUGCCUUUGCCAUUUGUUCUUGGGGGUUCUCCAUGUCCCCUCACCCCAAGCCAACCGCCGCCCCAUCUCUGCCCAACUCCUGCUUGGGAGAGAUGCGGAAACCUGGGGAAAGGUCUUGGAAAAUGAAGCUCUAGCUGUCCUGGGACUAGGGUUUAAGAGGACAGGUGGUGGGCCUUGCCUCAUAGUCCAGAGAAGGGAGGGUUAGCGAGAUAGGGGUGAAGAGGAAGAGAAAGGAGUGUGGGGAACAACUGGCUGGGAUGCUGAACCGGAGAAAGGACUUGGGAAUAUUCCGAUGUGAAUAUUACAAAGUCCUUAAGAAGAGAAAGAAACCCCAGUAACUUGGCUUUAAGCCUGUGGUUGCUGCCCCUAGACUUUUGGGAGCCGAGUUUCUGGGCCGAAGUGGGGGUGUUUUCAGACUCAGUCCUGAAGAGGGGUUGGGCAGUGAUCGGCAGGCAGCUUUCACCAUAGGAGGAAUGACUGAGGGACUGAAGUCCUAAGUCAGCAGCAGCUCCCCCCUCCUCCAAGGAAAUGGUAUGUGAAGGGCAGACGGGGUGGAGGAGUCAGGGGACUGACUAGUAAAACUCUCUCCUGGAGGAAGAAAGGGGGGCUGCAAAAUCAAACUCAGAGCAGCAGUAUCUGUAUAUGUCCUGAAGUCCCGAUAAUGCGAAGCUCGGGGAAUAAACCUCCCAUGAGAUGGGGCAGUUAGUUAUGUAUGAGAAGCGGCCAACCCUGUUGCUUUCUCAAUGGAUGGCAAAACCCAGUCCCAGGCUAGGUCCCAGUUGUGCUGGCUAAAAUGGGAUAUAAUGUUGCGAGUUCGUUCAUCACCUUGUUUGUAUUUUUUUUUUCACACAGAUUUCUUUGUUCAAGGGUGGAAGGGAACUCUCCAGAGUCUCCGGCUUCCUCUCCUUUUAUUGUUAUUGUUGUUUUCCUCACCCUGAGGGGUGAAGUGGGAGAAAAGCCAACUACCCUCUACGUCCCUCUUCCCACUGUGACCCCUCCCCCUUUCCCUUGGUCCCCCGGGAACAGCUCCCCGAGUGAUGCAGGGAUAAGGCAAGAGAGGCAGGUCGAGGAUGGAUCCAAGGGUUUAAACCAGAGAAGGGAAUCUUGGAGUUGGCCCGGGCUCCCUCAAGACAAUCAAAGCAAAGAGCUGGGCCCAGGCCUGCAAGCAGAGCCCCACCAUCUCAGUCUAUACCACUACCUCCUGGUAUGGACCUUCUGACAGUCAGGAACUGGUGGGAGAUGGUUUCCAAAGGCACUGACCUCUAGUCAAGCAGCCAAGCCAAGUGCCCAGGGGAAAUUGAGGCAUAGAAGAAUGGGGAGGAGAAGGAAAGGACCAAAUUGUUUUUCUUUGUUGUUUUCUUGGGAGGAUAUUUUGUUUUCCAGAUGUGAUGGUUGGGAGUUGUUAUUGUGUUUUAUGUACAAAAUAUAUAUAAAUAUAUAAAUAUUAUAUAUAUAUAAAUCUCUAUAAAAGUGAUGCUUAUUGUCUUUUUAAAAGCCACAGAGAAGUUAUGGGGGAAAGUUAUCAAGGAUUAGGUGAUUAAUAAACAUUACAUAUUUUUGCUUUGACUGAA